GGUAGAAUGGAUUUAAAGCUGGGCUGAAGAUGUUUCUAGAGAGAGAAAACAGAGGAAGAGACAGACAGAGGAGCCUUGUGGUAAAGUCAUACACAGAUAGAGAGAGAGAGAGAGAUCUGACAAAGGGCAAAAAAGGAGAGGAAGAUCGAGGUGGGUGUUGGCCGCCUAUCUAUUGUUUUCUUCGCUUGCUCGUUGUUCCUCUCUUUUUCUCUCUGCUUUUGCUUUUCUUCCUUCUUUUACUUUUGGGCUAGAUCUCGUUUCUUUCGGCUCCCCUCUUCCCCCCUGGAUUUCUGCUUGUUUCUCAAGAAUUUCCUCCCAGUUUUUCCGGGGUCUUGGAUAAACCUUGCCGUUGCUGGCGGCAGCUCAUUGUUCUCUUCUGGAUUUUGGUUCACUCUGGUUCUGGUCAAUUUGUCCUGGGGCAUGAUCGCUGAUCAAACCGAGUGUAAAUCUACUUUGAGAAACUGAGUCAAGGAAUUGCCUGAGUUGGGAACUUGGAAAUUGCCGGUCUUAGUGUGGUAUGUCGUUCCGUAGUAUAGUUCGUGAUGUGAGGGACGGGUUUGGGAGCUUAUCGAGGCGGAGUUUCGAUGUAAGGCUGCCGGGUCAUCAUCACCGAGGGAAAUCCCAUGGUUCAGUUACGGAUGACUCACAUGACCAGCCGGCAGUUGUCAUCCAGAGCAGCCGUUGGGCUAGUCUGCCGCCAGAGUUGUUGCGUGAUGUCAUCAAGAGGUUGGAAGCAAGCGAGGGCACUUGGCCUGCUCGUAAGCACGUUGUGGCAUGUGCUGCUGUUUGCAGGGCGUGGCGAGAAAUGUGUAAAGAAAUUGUUAGGAAUCCCGAGUACUCUGGGAAGAUCACUUUCCCAGUUUCCUUGAAACUGCCAGGGCAUAGGGAUGGGCCUAUCCAGUGUUUCAUUAAGAGAGACAAGUCCAAGUUAACUUACCAUCUUUUCCUUUGCCUUAGCCCUGCUUUGCUUGUUGAGAAUGGCAAGUUUCUUCUCUCUGCUAAACGUACCAGAAGAACUACUUGCACUGAGUACAUCAUCUCCAUGGACGCCGAUAACAUAUCAAGAUCAAGUGGAACAUAUAUUGGAAAGCUAAGGUCAAAUUUCCUAGGCACAAGGUUCAUUAUCUACGACACUCAGCCACCCUACAAUAACGCUCAAAUCUCACCACCAGGUCGAAGCAGAAGAUUCUACUCCAAGAAAGUCUCUCCUAAGGUCCCUACAGGAAGCUACAACAUCGCGCAGAUCUCCUAUGAGCUCAACGUGCUUGGCACCAGGGGGCCGCGCAGGAUGCACUGCACCAUGCACUCAAUCCCCACUUCAUCACUCGAACCUGGCGGUUCAGUCCCCGGUCAACCUGAGAUCCUCCUCCCUCGGUCCCUCGAGGAUUCGUUCAGAAGCGUCUCGUUGUCGUCCGAGUUCAGCAGCUCGAGGUUCUUCGAUGUUGCUGCGGGGCCACCACGAGGCGGGGGAGACGAUGACGUGGAAGGGGAAGGGAAGGACAACUGCCCGCUGAUCCUGCGGAACAAGGCUCCCAGGUGGCACGAGCAGUUGCAGUGCUGGUGUCUGAACUUCCGUGGCAGAGUCACGGUGGCAUCAGUGAAGAAUUUCCAGCUGAUAGCGGCGAAUCAGCCAGCAGCUGGCGCGCCUACUCCUUCGCAGCCGCCUGCACAGUCAGAUCAUGAUAAGAUCAUUCUGCAGUUUGGUAAGGUUGGGAAGGAUAUGUUCACCAUGGAUUAUCGGUAUCCGCUGUCUGCUUUCCAAGCUUUCGCCAUUUGCUUGAGCAGCUUCGAUACUAAGCUGGCUUGUGAAUAGAGAAGGGGUACAGAAAUUGGGAAGAAAACUUAAAAGGGAGGGUUAGGAGCUAUGUCUGUUGUUGUUGUUGUUGUUGUUGUUGGUAGUGUACUAGUGUAUUUAUGUUAAUCCGAAUGUGGUUAGGAUUCCACGAGAUGUGGGUUGUUGUUGUUGCAAGAAAGGGAAAAGCUGUACAAUUUCAGUAGGCAAGAAGUGGGAGAUGUCUCCCCUUUUCGAUCAAGUUUUCUUUUCUGAAGUUUGCAUUGUAAUGCCUUCCAUGAAAAUUGUUUGUUUUGAAUCCCCUCAAGUUCAAGGGAUGCUUCUGUAACUUUUGGAUCAAUCAGAUGAUGAAGGUGACUGAUGGCCAUUACUGUUGCCUUUACCGCUUUUUCCUUUUUACACAAAAUCCUCUCUGAUGUGUUAUUUAUAUAUUCCCUUUUGGC